AUGCCUGUGGUUGAAAACAAAGGUUUAAAAUGGCUGGUUAGAAAAGUUAAAGGUAUCAGAGGUCAGUUAGAAAUGAAGAUGGUAUUCAAGCCAUCUUUUAAUUUCGCUCGUGACAAGCAUCAAUUAAAAAAGACAGAGUAUGGUUAUAAUAUACAAUCUGGAAGCUUAAAUUUAGAUUUAAUUUCAAAAUCUCCAUUGGUUGUGGUCGAUAAUGAAUACGGUGGUCAAAUUGAAUCUUCAUUUCUAAUCAAAGAGAAUGAUAUUGUUGUAUUCAUUAUGAAAGAGACUUUUGAUUCUAUCGAAAUUAUCCCAAAGCAUCUUUAUAGAUUACCAGAAGACACCGAAAAGUUAGAGAACGAAGCUUUCAUUUCAACUAUAUUCUAUUGGCAAAAAUGGUUAGAAAAGUGUACAUACAAAGGUAGAUGGCGUGAAAUUGUCGAGCGUAGUGCAUUGGCACUAAAACUUAUGACAUUCGAACCAACUGGAGCUAUAAUAGCCUCACCAACUUGCUCUCUACCCGAAGGAAUUGGUGGUCAAAGAAAUUGGGACUAUCGUUAUUGCUGGCUACGUGAUUGUUCAUUCUCUGUGUAUGGUCUUAUUAGAAUUGGCUUUACUGAAGAGGCUCAUAAUUUUAUGAGAUUCCUCGAACAAAGAUGUGCUGAUGCAGUUUAUGAUGAUCCCAAUAGAAUGCCUUUAAGAAUAAUGUAUAGCAUCCAUGGUGAAUCAAACAUCCCAGAAAUAGAGCUAAACCACCUCAGCGGCUACAGAGAUAGCAAACCAGUUCGUAUUGGCAAUGAUGCUGUAAAUCAAGUUCAAAUGGAUAUUUUUGGCGAACUUAUGGAUUCAAUUUAUCUCUCGAAUAAAUAUGGCUCUUUAGUAUCCUAUGACUUUUGGUUGCAUAUUAGAAAUAUGAUAGAUUGGGUUGCAGAAAACUAUCAUUGGAAAGACGAAGGUAUUUGGGAAGUUAGAAGUGGUAAGCAACAUUUUGUAUACUCUAAAAUUAUGUGUUGGGUGGCAUUGGAUAGAGGUUUAAGACUAGCUGAUCGUAGGUCGUUCCCAGCACCCAGAGAGAAAUGGACCAAAGCAAGAGACACCCUUUACGAGGAAAUUCAACAAAAGGGUUAUGAUAAAGAAAUGCACUCUUUUACUCAAUAUUAUGGUGGUAAAUCAUUGGAUGCAUCCACACUAAUCAUGUCAUUAGUAUUCUUUAUGGCACCAUCAGAUCCAAGAAAUAUCAAUACUCUCAAGGCGAUUUUAAAACCACCAGAAGAAGGAGGGUUGGUUGCAAAUUCUUUGGUAUUCCGUUACAAUUUACAACAUGCUCAAGAUGGUUUGGAUGGAGAAGAAGGAACUUUUAAUAUUUGUACAUUUUGGUUAAUUGAAGGUUUAACUAGAGCAGGUAAAUACAACAAAGAGUUUUUAGUAAAAGCAAGAUUAAUAUUUGAUGAAAUGUUAGGUUAUGCAAAUCAUUUAGGUUUAUUCUCUGAAGAACUUGGUAUUGGUGGUGAGUCAUUAGGGAAUUUUCCACAAGCUUUUACUCAUCUAUCAUUAAUUAGUGCCGCAUUUAAUUUGGAUAGAGUUUUAUCAGGUAAAAGUAAUACAAAUGCAUAA